CUUAGUGCUAUAGCACUAAUGUCUCGAGAGCCGAUUCGACUAAUAACGACACGAGCCAUCCUCUGAAACACGAACGCCACAUAUGCACGCAACGGAGUACACGCUGCCGCGGCGCCCGGCUCCUCCCCAGGCGCUCGGCACGCCGGUGACCAGCCUGCCCGGCGCGACGCGCGUCGACGAGGUCCCGACGCCCGCGCCGCCCGCCGACGCCGACGCGCCGCCCGCCCGCGCGUCCGACAAAUCGCCGCCGCCGCCGCCGCCGCGCGCGCGGCCCAAGGCGGCGCGGCGGCGCGGCGGCCUCCUCGACGGCGUCGCGGCGACGGCGGCGUUCGCGACGCGGCACGCGGUCGUGCGGCCGCUGCUCGCGGCCGCGCCCCUGGCGUACCACCUCCUCCCGGAGCACGUGGCGGCGGAGCUCGUCGCGGACGUGGUGGCGUGCGUCGCGGCGCUGGCGAGCGUCUUCCUCCAGUCGGCCGAGGGCGCGGCGUUCGAGGCGGCGUGCCGCGACGCCUUCGAGGACGCGUUCCGCGCGGCGAGCUCGCCCGAGGGCCGCAAGCUGGCCGUCGGCGGGACGACGCUCGCGAUCCGGGCGUUCGAGGCGUUCGCCUCGGAGGAGAGCCGGGCGCUCAUGGACGCGGGCGAAGCGGUCGCGCUCGACGCGCUGGACCUGCUCGCCACGCCGGAGGCGCGCGACGCCGUCCGGGGCGCCCGGAGCGCCCUCGGCGCGCUCGCCGUCGUCCUCGACACGCCGCGGUGCAAGCAGGCCGUGGCGGGCGCCGUCGAGGACAUCUGCGAAAAUCUGCGCGCGCACCGCGACGGCGACGACGACCGCCGGCCUCCGCGACGGCCCGCGCGCGUCCCGUCGGACACGUUCGCCGAGGCGCCGUCGUCCUCCGACGAGUCCGACCGCGGGACCCCGGCCGCGAGCCCCGCGACGGACGCACUCCGCGGCCUGCUCGCGCGGCACCGGCGGCGGGCCGUCGCCGCGCGGCCGCGCUCGCUGUGCCGCCUCGUCGCCGCGGGCUGCUUCCUCGUCGCCGUGCUCGCCCUCUCGGGCGUCGGCGCCGCGUUCCUCUCGUAUCAUGUCCUCGGACCACGCGUCGUCCGCGCCUACAACAUCAUCGUCCACGACGAGCUUUGA